AUGGCGGAGCGUAACCAUCAGUUUGACUUUGAGAACACACGGGUUUUAACUGGAGAUGCCACUAAGGGGGGCCGGUUGGUCAAGGAAGCCUGGCUUUCUGAUGGCGAUUCUGUCAACCGCCACAUCAACCUGCAUUCGACCCACCUGGCACUAAGGAGAUGGGGCAAAAGUCAUCGAUGGACCCAUAACAGUCAACCCCGUCGACGCUUGCAGGAUCAGGGCGACGGUGACAUAACCGCUCACGAAGAGACAUCAAUGGAAUCCCGACGAUCGGUAGACACCCACUUAUCCACUACGUGUGAUCGACAACGAUCUCCCACCAGCAAACAGCUGAGGGAUUUUCUGGAUACCACGUGCAAAACAAGGCAUAUGGAAUUGAGAGAGCUACACACAUCAGGCCCAUGCCGGCCCGCUAGUAAAUCUCCCACGCGACGAUGGAACGAAGGAGCUGGUAAUAUCAACGGUGCUACAGGAACUGAUGAUACCAGUCCUUCAAAAUGUUGGAAAAUCACAGUCUGGGUCAUACUGGGAGGAAGCAUUGCUUUGAAUGUGGCCCUAAUUGUUCUUCUGAUAUUAUUUCAGAUACAAGGUGUUGUCUACCCAUCGACUUCAACCAAUUCGUGUGGAUGGAUCCCAGGUACUUUAAUAGCUUCCGUGAACUUUGAUCCGGAGACUGCUCAUCGCCAGAUCGUCAUUUCUGGGGAUCGGAAAACUGCAACAUGGGGAAGGGAAGAACAAGCACUUUCUAAAAGUGAUAAAAGAUUUAACAUGCGGGUGUGGGUUCUGGGUCAGCCUGGGUUUAAAUCAGGAAAACACUGUUGGGAGGUGGAAAUAAAACACGAUGGAGAAUGGGCGGUGGGAGUUGCCAGGGAGUCAGUGAAGAGAAAAGGAAUGACGGAUUUUAGCACCAAAGAAGGCAUCUGGGCUAUUGCAGAACAUUUGGAGAAAGCAAUUUACGUAGCUUUUACUGAGCCACAACACACCAGGCUUGCUUUGGAAAAGAAGCCCCGGAGGAUUCGUGUGUUUGUGGAUUACCUCUAUCAAGAAGUGGAAUUUUUCAAUGUAGAAACAAAGACUACCAUAUUCUUUUUCUCAAACGCAUCCUUCUCUGGAGAAAUAAUCUACCCCUGGUUCCGGGUUUGGGAUGGAACUGAGCUGACGCUUCAUCCCUAAUGCCCAGCACUUAAUGAAAAAGGGAGCUCUUUCUCAUGCCACUCUGCUGGCUAGGUAUGGUGGGAGCUGUGGUCUAGCAUAUUUGGAAGAUGGCCCUGUGGAUUAUACUACUUGGGAUUGUGAACAUUAUGCAAUCAUGGCUAUUGCAGAAAUGCUUACCUCAACCAUCCAUACAACCUUUCACCUAAUACCUUCAGGAAAAUUUGGGAAUUAUAGAUAAGUCACCAGUUUGGGGAAGCCUAUUCUAGAGUGUAUAAAAGGUUGCAACCAAGUUAAUUCUCUGCAGUCAUAAGAGUAAGAUAUGCAGAUAUCUCUGCAGAUAUGAAUAAGCUUCUGUAAUUUCAAAGUAUGAGUCUUUCCAACAGAGGUCCAUUGUAUUUCAACAAUAUUCCCAGCUAUGGUCCAUGAGAAUCACACAGGUUGAUUGUGGGGACAGUCACGCAGGUUGGUUGUGAUGCAAAUUGUGGCUGAAAUCUCAAAUUUUGGCAGCAUUGUUCAGGAUUUCAGAUAGAGCACAAACAUUUUAUGUUCCCAUGAGUGAUAUCAUGAGAUCACAGCACUUGUGGGCAUCACACAAUCAACUUGCUUAUGUAGCAAUUUGUGAUAAGAAAGUUUGCAUGAAGAAAAAA